CCUAAUUUCUUCCAAUAUCAUCCCCACCAUCUCUUCCUCUUCUCUGGUUUUGGCCCCUUCACGCCCACCCUUUUGCAUGUCCUCUAAUUCCCAUUUGCCACUCCAAUACCAAAAUCAAAAGCAAAGACAGACAGAGGGAGAGAGAGAGAGGUUUUAGUUCAUUCAAAUUGAUAGAAAUCAUUUUAGUUUUCUGACAAGUAAGCUGGGGACCCUUUUUGGUUUUCACAACAACGCAUGGUAAUGGGCGCGCAUAUGGCUAUGGCUAGGCUUAUGCGCGCACCAAACCCAACCCCAACAUUUUUCGUUGCUCUAUUCAUUGCCGUGCUUUCAUGCAUGGUCAUGCUACCUUUUGGUUCACCAAUGGCUACAACCACUGAAGCCCUUAUGAGGUUCAAGAAAACGUUACAAUUGGGAAACGAAAGUGCCACUCUUAGCAGUUGGGAUCCUAACAAAGACCCGUGUAAUGGUAACAAGGCGAAUUGGGUUGGUGUGCUUUGCUUCAAUGGGAAUGUGAGGGGUUUGCAGCUUGAAAACUUGGGUUUGCAGGGAAAGCUUGAUUUGGAGCCUCUUACUCAAUUACCUUAUUUGAAGACCCUAAGCUUCAUGAACAAUAGUUUGGCUGGUCCAUUGCCUAAGCUUAAGAACCUAAAGUUGAGGUCUGUGUAUUUGUCUUAUAAUCAUUUCUCAGGUGAGAUUCCUGAUGAUGCAUUUGAGGGCAUGAUUUUGUUGAGGAAAUUGUAUUUGGGAAACAAUCAGUUUACAGGAAAAAUCCCUUCUUCCCUUACCACCGUGCCUAAGAUUUUUGAUGUGGGGCUUGAGGGGAACAAGUUUAGUGGCCAAAUACCAGAUUUUCGACAGAAGGGUUUGAAGAGGUUGAAUCUAGCUAACAAUGAAUUGGAGGGUCCAGUUCCAGAAAGCCUAAGCAAGCUGGAUCCAAGUAGUUUUUCAGGCAAUGGAAAACUAUGUGGUCCACCUCUAGCGGGAAAAUGCGGCGACCCUCCUCCUCCUCCUUCUCCUUCAGCUCCGCCGUCUGAAUGUUCUGGGGACUCAUGCGGCACCUCUAAGAAGCCAUCGUCGGGUCUAAAAAUAGCCCUGAUUGUGGUGAGUAUAUUGCUCCUACUGGCCCUCAUUGCUGUGAUUUUGAUCUUUCUCAACAAGAAAAGGCAACAAUCAGAAUUAGACGUGGCCGAAUCAUUGGACGACUCGACCUCCAAGUACACGGCAGCUGGUGGGAGCAGCCAAAUGGAUGUUAAGUCGGUAGAAGCUACGCCACAUCCAAAGAAGGGUGACCUUGGAAAGUUGUCAUUUGUGAGGGAUGAUAGGCAGAGGUUUGAUUUGCAUGACCUGCUUAGAGCCUCGGCUGAGAUCUUGGGGAGCGGGACGUUUGGGGCUUCCUACAAGGCUCUGAUCAUGACUGAUGCUGUGGUGGUCAAGAGGUAUAAGCAGAUGAACAAUGUGGGAAGAGAGGAGUUCCAUGAGCACAUGAGAAGGCUUGGGAGAUUGACACAUCCAAACUUGUUGCCUCUGGUGGCCUAUUAUUAUAGAAGGGAAGAGAAGCUCUUGGUUUCUGACUUUGUGGAGAAUGGUAGCUUGGCCUCUCAUCUUCAUGGCAAUCACAAUUCAGAUCAGCCUGUGCUGGACUGGCCAAUUCGUUUGAGAGUAAUCAAAGGCAUAGCCAGGGGAUUGGCCUACCUCUACAGCGCGCUCCCUAGCUUGGUUGUACCCCAUGGCCAUCUGAAAUCCUCCAAUGUACUUCUAGAUGAAAACUUUGAGCCCCUCUUGAAUGACUAUGCCCUACUUCCAGUGAUCAACAUGGAGCAAGCCCAACACCUGAUGAUGGCCUACAAGUCACCCGAAUACGCCCAGCACCGGCGCAUCACAAAGAAGACCGAUGUCUGGUGCUUGGGGAUCAUAAUCUUGGAGGUGUUGACAGGCAAGUUCCCAGAGAACUAUCUCAAGCAGAGCUUCGACAGCAGCGCGGAUUUGGCCAGCUGGGUUAACGGAAUGAUCAAGGAGAAGAGGACCAGCGAGGUGUUUGAUGAGGAAAUGGGGAGAGUGGGGAGCAGCAAAGGAGAGCUGCUGAAGCUGUUGAAGAUUGGUGUGAAAUGUUGUGAGGAGGAUGUGGAGAGAAGGCUGGAUUUGAAUGAAGUGGUUGAGAAGAUUGAUGAGCUGAAUGAGGGAGAAAGUGAUGGAGAUUAUCGAUCAAGUGUUUCGAGUGAAGGAGAUGAUUAUACCUCUCAAGUUGUGUGAUUGCAGAAGAGAAAUGAUGAGGACUUUUGGUUCCAAGUAUUGCUGGCUGGUUGGGACUUAGAGAAACCAUGUUGUAAAUUAGAAGAAUAUUAUUUAUAUAUGUGCAGGGGCUACUAGGUUUCAGCUAGCUUCAUUCCCAUGAGUUGAACCACGUGGCAGGGAGAGAUUUGAAAUUUAAAGCAAUGAAGAAAUUAAUUUGUUUUUGUUUUUGUGUCAUUGUUUUUUUCUUUUGCCCCAUUUCUUUUGGAUUAGGAAGUGGGGUUGUGUUUGUAGGUGUUGGGGAUGAUGGCUCUUGUAUCAUCUUGGUGUAAUGGGAAUUAAUUAGCUGAUAAAA